ACGGCGGGCGGAGGAGGAGGCGGAGGAGGAGGAGGGCCGGGGCUGCGCUGGGUGACAUCAGUGGGUUUGGCUCCGGGGCUCAAUGGAAACUGGGUGAGCGCCGGGCUGUGCCGAGCACACGCCGGCUGGAGGGGACGGCGAGCGGGCGGGAGGCGGCAGGCAGCGCCGCGCCGCGCCGAGCCGAGCGAAGGAGGGACGCGCCGGGCACGGCCGCCACCAGCCCUCCCCAAUCCUCCGUCAUCCUCCCCGCCGCGGCCGCCUGGCCCCCUGACAGCCGGCGGAGCAGCAUCCCCACACGGCCCCCUUCCCGUCAGGCACGACUGAACCAUGGAGCUUCGAGUAGGGAACAAAUACCGGCUGGGCAGAAAGAUUGGCAGCGGUUCGUUUGGAGACAUUUACCUAGGAGCCAAUAUUGCAACUGGUGAAGAGGUGGCCAUCAAACUGGAAUGUGUCAAAACCAAGCAUCCCCAGCUCCACAUUGAAAGCAAGUUCUACAAGAUGAUGCAGGGAGGAGUGGGUAUCCCCUCCAUUAAGUGGUGUGGAGCAGAGGGGGACUAUAACGUGAUGGUGAUGGAGCUCUUGGGGCCCAGCCUGGAAGAUCUCUUCAACUUCUGUUCCCGGAAAUUUAGUCUCAAGACAGUUCUGCUCCUGGCAGACCAGAUGAUCAGCCGUAUUGAGUACAUUCAUUCCAAGAACUUCAUCCAUCGGGAUGUAAAGCCGGACAACUUCCUUAUGGGCCUCGGCAAAAAAGGCAACCUAGUAUACAUCAUUGAUUUUGGUUUGGCCAAGAAGUACCGAGAUGCCCGGACCCACCAGCACAUCCCUUACCGGGAAAACAAGAAUCUGACUGGCACAGCCCGUUAUGCCUCUAUCAACACCCACCUGGGAAUUGAACAAAGUCGCCGUGAUGACCUGGAGAGCCUGGGUUAUGUGCUCAUGUAUUUCAACCUGGGCUCGCUGCCCUGGCAGGGCCUCAAGGCUGCCACCAAGCGCCAAAAGUACGAGAGGAUCAGCGAGAAGAAGAUGUCAACGCCCAUCGAGGUGCUCUGCAAAGGGUACCCUUCUGAGUUCUCAACAUACCUCAACUUCUGCCGUUCGCUGAGGUUUGAUGAUAAACCUGACUACUCGUACCUGCGGCAACUCUUCCGCAACCUCUUCCACCGCCAAGGCUUCUCCUACGACUACGUCUUUGACUGGAACAUGCUGAAAUUUGGAGCAGCCCGGAACCCUGAGGAUAUGGAUCGGGAGCGGCGAGAGCAUGAACGAGAGGAGAGGAUGGGGCAACUCCGAGGGUCAGCCACACGAGCACUGCCCCCUGGCCCGCCUGCUGGAGCCACUGCCAACCGUCUUCGCAAUGUCACUGAGCCCAUGGCCUCCACCCCCACCUCCCGAAUCCAGCAGUCCGGCAACACGUCCCCCAGAGCAAUCUCAAGAGUGGACAGGGAGCGGAAGGUCAGCAUGAGGUUACACCGAGGAGCUCCUGCCAAUGUCUCCUCAUCUGACCUCACAGGGCGGCAAGAAGUGUCACGGAUUUCAGCAUCACAGACAAGUGUGCCAUUUGAUCACCUUGGGAAGUGAGGAGCAAUUGCCACUGGACCAGUGUUUGCUUAGUGUCUUCACUGUAUUUUUCUUUUAAAAAACAAAAAACCCAAAAAACAAAUAAAAACUAAAAAAAAAAAAAAAAAAGACAAAAAAAAAGAAAACACCAAACAAAAAAACCCAACAGAAUUUCUUUUUGCCAACGAUGAGGAGUCGAGCUGUGCCCCCGCGCUGGUGUGAGCCGUUUCCGAGAGGGCCACCCGCGUCCUCCAGCGCGACGCCUCCGAGGAGCUGACAACGCGGGAGCCGUGCGGGAUCACCUCCACUGCCCCCCCGAGCCCUGACCGCCGCCCCCACGGGCUACCCCCAGUUCCUUCUCCUGACUCUCUGCUCCUGGUUUUGAUUUCUCUACUUUUUUUUUUUCUUCUUGGGUAUCUUCCCCUGCUUUUUUUUUUUUUUUUGUUAAAUAUUAUUUUGAAAUCAUAUGGUUUGUAGCCAUAUAAAUUUUAACUUUGCUCUCCUUUUUAUCUGAGGGCAAGGGAUGGUGCAGGGUGGGGGGUGAGUUUUUUGUUUGUUUGUUUGUUUGUUGGGGUUUUUUUUGUUUGUUUUGUUCUUUUCAGGAGCCUUGUGGGCCAGGAGCGAAUCAGAUUCCAGCCACACUUGAUGGUAGAAGUCUGAUUUUUAUUAUUAUAACAGAAUUUAUUUUCUUGAGCAUUAAACGAAUUUUAAGCUGUGA